AUGUACUACCGACAACAACAGCGGCAUCCGCCGUCUGUGAUGGGGGCGCACGGCUUCACGACGGAGGUGGCCGGCCGUGACCGCGUGCGGUACUUCCGCCGUCCCACGGAGGCGCGCAGCAUCCCCAGCGCGUACGCGGACAUCGACAGCGUCCGUUUUGCGACGAGUGCCCCCGCCACGCCGACUCCGACGGUGGGGCAGUUCGAGGCCGCUUCCUUUCCGGGCCGCACGGCGUCUGCUUCGGGGCAAAAGAAGGCGCGGCCGCACCACUUGCCCGCGAUAAAGAAGCGCGUCACCCGAGCUGGAGAGGGGGCGCCAAAGGCAUCCACGACACCAAAGAACGAAACCGAAACUUCACGUGAGGCUGGGAUGCAAACUGUGUACCGCGAGAACGAGGCACAGACAGAGCCAUACACGCCGGAGUAUUACAUCCCAGAAGGCGGCGACCCCAAUCCGGAGGUGCUGGGUAUCCGUGAACUGAAGUGGAACGACGGCCUCCCUGCCGGUGUGGAGGAAGUGGAACUUAUUAAGCGGCUGCGGCGUCGGCGCGCACUGGAGGCGUCGCUGCCGCCAGCGACAGAUGCGAAGUCGGCGGAGGUGCGUCACCGCGCCCUCUAUGAACUGGAGGCACAGGAGCGCAAAGAGUGCGAAGAACACAUGGCGAAAAUUCGCCAACGCCGCCUUGACGGCAUUCAUGAAGCCCUGAUGGAGCGGGAGCGGGCCCGGGAGGAGGCCAAUCGUCUUCGGCUGGAGGCGGUUAAGGAACGGAAGCUUGCGGACCUCAAACGUGUCAUUGAGCGGUCGGAGGUGAAGCGCAUUGCGAGAGGUCAAAACUUGUUGGAGGCUGAGGCCUCUAAAACCGCACCCUCCGUGGCCUGUGGAAUGUACGCCGUCAAUCCUGUCGAGUCGUACAAGCCGAAGAAGGAUUUGAUUGAAACCUACUCCAAGUACGGUGCCCUUGCUACCACCACGCAGGUCUCACACAGUAGAUCCGCUCCACCGGCACCGAUGGAAACUUCCGAGCACUUCCGACACUACGAUGUAAGACCGACCAUGCUUACGCUUGAAGAAGGCGUCAGGGAGCUGGAGGAGGUUAAGGUACCACGCAUUCAACGGUUACCACCAAAUGCUUUUGUGACCCCAGAAAAUUACGCCAUUAAUUCAUUACCAACUCUGUAUCAACGGCGUGAGGCAACCCGCGUGGUGGAUGCACUUGAGUACGUGAACGCGAAGAUACAUAAGGGCGAUUCCCGGGCGGAAAAGAUGCGCGUGAUAGAGCUGUAUCGUGCCACUCCUCGUCUUCAGCGCCCGGACACACCCGAGUUGGAGCUUGAAGACGAUGCGGAAGAGAGUUUGGAGGAAGCCUGUAUUCUUCUUCAACGCCUGCUCCGUGGUCGUGCGGUUCAGAAUGACUUCUUUGACGGCAAGGAACGCUGCCGUGGGCUUAUUGAAGAACUCCAGGCUGCAUCCAACGCCAAGUACGCUGAACGUACUCCAGAGGAGAAGGAAGAGGAGGAGAGGGUUAAACGUCUUGAGGCGAUCGCUGAUAGUUUUGGCGACGCAGCGCAGGGUGAUACCAUUGUGGAAACUCUGGAUUACCUCUUCCAUGAACUAGAACGGCAACGUGACCUUAGCGCUCUGGAGGAGCUUCGCCGUGAGGCAGAGACUGUUCGGGCAGAGCGUGAGGCGAAGGAGGCUGAGCUUCGUGCGCAGGAGCGCAUCCUUCACGACAAGGAAGCUGUGCAGUACGCCGCCUACAUUCGCGCCAUUGAUGACGUGGUUGAGUGCUACUCGCAUCAACUUUACACCACCGCUGGGGAGGAGUGUGCGAUGGAGGAGGCCAUUGAUGCGGAGUACAACCGUCUGGAAAAGCUCUCCGCAACUUCCGUGGAAUUUCCCGACGCGGAUGCAACAGAAAAUCUGGUGUGCGACAUGCUCGACAGUUUUGUGCUCCCGGCGGUGGUGGAUAUGGUGUGCCUCGGGCCGGAGGAGUUAAAGCGGAAGGCCCCCGCAGCAGUGGCCGUGGAAGCGGCGAAUGACACUGUUCCUCCGAAGGAGACCGGGGGGAAGUCCGAAUAG